AUGGCUCUAAGUGGGCGAACUUCUUCGUGUGCUCACAUUAUUAUUAUCAAUUUCCUGUUAUUGUUUAUUUGUAACAUGGUCUUUGGGACUGCGACUGAUAUCUUCUGCUUGAAAAGCAUAAAAGAUUCACUUGCAGACCCAUAUGGUCAUUUGAAGUCUUCCUGGGAUUUCAGGAACAACACCGAGGGAUUUAUCUGCAGAUUCACUGGGGUUCAAUGCUGGAAACCUGAUGAGAACAGAGUCAUAAGUCUCAAGUUGUCAAACACGGGACUCAAGGGCCAGUUUCUUCGUGCCAUUCAAAAUUGCUCCAGCUUACAAGGAUUAGAUCUAUCAAUUAACCAAAUUUCUGGGACAAUUCCAGAAGAUAUAGAUCAUCUCCUCCCAUAUUUGGUUUCUCUUAAUCUAUCUUCAAAUGACUUUUCAGGGCCAAUCCCUGUGGGUCUAGCAAAUUGUAGCUAUCUAAAUUUCCUCAGCCUUGAUCGAAAUCGACUCGGUGGGAAAAUUCCCGAACAAUUCAGCAGGUCCCUAAGGCUAGGGACAUUUACUGUCACAAACAAUCUUCUGAAGGGUCCAGUUCCAUACCUUGAAAACAUCACAGCUGAUAGCUAUGCAAAUAAUUCAGGAUUGUGCGGUGGCCCUUUGCCGGCGUGCGGCACCAAGAGAGAAAGAAAUGCAGCCAUAAUUAUAGCCGGAGCAGCUUUUGGAGGAGCAAUUUUGGGAUCUGGCGUUGCUUUCUUCUUGUACCGGUCACUAACUACGAAGAAGAGCCAGAGGGAUACAUAAAUAA